GGUAAAUUCGGGUAUGAAAUAGUUGCUACUUAAGCCGUCGGUCGAACUACAUUCCUUCCUUAACACACAUCACACUCUACAAAAAUAUCAAAAAUGGCAUUGGGAACACUCUACUCUUUCAGAGAUAACACUCGUACUGUUUCUCUUCUCAAGCUUGCUGAGAUGAACGGCGUUAAGCUUAACUUGGAAGAAACUUUUGCUCACCAAUUUUCUCCGGAAUUGGCUGAAAAGUUCCCUCUCCAAAAGCUCCCUUGCUUCAUUGCUGAAGAUGGGUUCUCUCUGUUUGAGUACAUUGCCAUCCUGAAUUACAUUGCCUCCAAGGGUGCUGAUUUGAAGGGCUUCUUUGGUAAGGAUGCCAAGGAGCAAGCCCAAGUGAACGAGGCUAUCAACUUUGCCAACACGGAGUUGCUUAAGGGUCAGAUUAUCGCUCCUUGGAUCCGUAUGUGCAGAGGUGCCAUGCCCUACAACAAGAGAGUUUUCGAGACCACGAAGGCUGCUUCCUUGGAUAUUCUUGCAUACUUUGACCGUCAUUUGGCUGACCGUACCUACUUGGUCGGCAACCGUCCCACCAUGGCUGACUUGACGACUGCUACUUUCUUGCGUGUUUAUUACCGUUUCAUUCUCACAAAGGAUCUGCGUCUCCAGUUUACGAACGUUACUCGCUACUACGUUACCAUGUACCAUCAAUUCAAGCUCGAGGAGCACUUCCCUCUUGAGCUUAUUGACAAGGUGGAAAUUGCCAAGGCCAACUAGUUUCUUUUUUGAUUGAAUAUAUGAACAAUACAAUACAAUACAUCAUAAAUUACCCA